CACAGUUUGGGGGUUUGUCUCCAGAGAUUAUUUCGUUAUCAGUUCCAGCAACGCUUUUUUCAGAUCAAAGAGAACAUUGAAUGCGAAAUCUUCGGUUCCCUGCUCGAAGAGGCACGCGAUUCUUAUAAGGAAGAGAUUAUCCAUGAACUACAAUCUGAAACGGUGGAUCAGAUGCACGCCAAUAUGUGUCAAAUGUGGCAACGCAUUCGAUAUGGAGUGAGAUGGAAACCGGCCGAGCGGCUUGCUUUGGCAGCUCGUGCGCUCGAUAUGAAGUCAGUGAAGUCAGUCGAUAUUUCGCUGGAUCCAUUCUGCUGUACCGUACAUCCGCGGAACGGCGUCGAUCUCGGUGUUCUUCCCUUUAGGAUAUGCGUACUGUGGUUUACUUUGCAGGUCAAAGGUUCACGCGUUAACGAACCCAACUGCUCCAAGGUGUCAGCUGAAGUGCGCAACGAUCGACAACCUCCAUUCUUCAUUGCUACAUUAGACAAUGGAAAAAAGCUUCUUUUCAAAACUGACAAUAUGCCUGCAAUGGACCUUAUCAUGCGGUUUAACAAGUUGUUAGGAAAUCCUGAGUUGGGAAAAUCUGGAACUAGACCGCGACAGAAGCUUUAA